AUGGAGCUGGUCUACGCUGACCAGAUCCCUCGGGAUCCGAAGCUCAAGAUCGCUCCUCUGAGAGGGGACCAGCAAUCAUGUCCGCCAGUCGUCAACGGCGGACGACGAAUCCGUCGGAUCGAUAGAACCACCUCCGAAGCAUGGGGUCCACCCGUAUUCGCCAACCGCCGCGCCUCCGUCGAACCAAGAACAACAUCCCAAAACGAAGACAUGUUCCGCACCUUCCACCCAGCCCUCCGCUCCGAGCCCGAGGUCUUCACCCUCACCAAAAAGAGCAAUAACACCCAAGUCUGGCUCGUAUUCCCCCGCAAAGGUGACAGCGGGCCCUUCACGCAUGUCGGCGGUCGAGCAGUUCAUACCCAGCCGUACUUUGAGGCACCCACCGAGCACGGAAUGAAGUACGCGAUCACGAGGGAGGAUCCAAUUCAGCGGGAUAUUGACGUUCAUGAGCCUUUGACUGUGGAGGAUUUGGGCCGGAUUAAGGCUAUCUUUCCGCGGGCUGUGGGCGUUCAGGUUUUUCAGUGCGAGUUUGUGAUUGUGUUUUUUGAGGGAAGGAAUGAUAUGUUGCGGUCUUGGGAGGAUGGGACGCCGCCGGGCAUUGGGGGGUUGAUGGUUGGGUAUCGGUGCUAG